UAUCUUCGUGGACAUUUCUUCUCUAAGCUACAAAAAUUAUAUCUCUGGAAGAAGAAGCUACACAGUGGGACGGGGUUUAUACUCGCCAAUCGCCAUUGACCUCUCGCGAGAUUCGCUUACUUAAACUAAAAUGGCGACGCUAUCAAAACUAGAGAUUGCCUCGACCUUCCUCGCUCCUCGUUCUGCUGCCGCCUUUAACUAUCGCUCUUCUUCUGCCGCCGUCUCUGUUUUCUCCAGGCCCAGAGCUACCACCGUUCCCGUCAGAACUACGCCGUCUUUAUUCUAUUCCCCGGUGGUUCGCCGUCGAAGAUUCUCAUCUGUCUCUGUCUCAGCUACGCAGACAGAAGAUUCCGAUGUUACCACUAAGAUUCCGGCAGAUAACCGGAUUCCGGCUACUAUUAUCACGGGGUUUUUGGGCUCCGGCAAGACAACAUUGCUGAAUCAUAUACUGACCAGAGAUCAUGGGAAGCGAAUAGCCGUCAUCGAGAAUGAGUUUGGUGAAGUUGACAUUGAUGGGUCACUUGUUGCUUCUAAAUCUAUUGGAGCAGAGGAUAUUGUUAUGCUCAACAAUGGCUGCCUCUGUUGCACUGUUAGGGGUGAUCUUGUCAGGAUGAUUGGAGAAUUAGUCAAUACCAAGAAAGGAAAGUUCGACCAUAUUGUCAUUGAGACUACAGGAUUGGCAAACCCGGCACCCAUUAUCCAAACCUUUUAUGCCGAGGAAGAAAUUUUCAAUGAUGUCAAACUGGAUGGCGUUGUUACUCUAGUUGAUGCUAAGCAUGCUCGUUUGCAUCUAGAUGAGGUCAAACCCACAGGUGUUGUCAAUGAGGCUGUUGAACAAAUAGCUUAUGCAGAUCGUAUCAUAGUCAACAAGACUGAUCUUGUUGGUGAGGCGGAAUUACGUUCGGUGGUGCAACGCAUAAAGACAAUAAACAGCAUGGCUCAGAUGACGCGGACAAAGUACGGAAACGUUGACUUGGAUUAUGUUCUUGGAAUUGGAGGUUUUGAUCUAGAGAGAAUUGAAAGCUCUGUGAAUGAAGACGAUAAGGGAGAUCACCAUGAUCACGACCAUGAUCAUCACCAUGAUCACGACCAUGACCACGACCACCAUCACCACGAUGAACAUGCGCAUCACAAUCAUUCUCACGAUCACACCCAUGAUCCCGGUGUUUCUUCAGUCAGUAUAGUUUGCCAAGGAAGCUUAGACCUUGAGAAGGCAAACAUGUGGCUCGGGACGUUACUGAUGGAACGCAGUGAAGACAUCUACAGAAUGAAAGGUCUCCUCUCGGUUCACACCAUGGAGGAGAGAUUUGUGUUUCAAGGAGUCCAUGACAUAUUUCAAGGAUCACCAGACCGGUUAUGGGGAAGAAACGAGGAGAGAGUGAACAAGAUCGUCUUCAUUGGUAAGAAUUUGAACAGGGAGGAGUUGGAGAAGGGUUUUAAAGCUUGCUUGAUUUGAUAUUUGCACUAGGUGUAUGUAUACUGAGGAAAUAGUCACCAGAGUUGUUGUACUUAGAUUUAAGUGCCAAGGGAUAUAAACGUCAUUGCUCUUUGUCCUCUGCGCAUCAUUAUUGUGGCAGAGGUAUUCCCUACUUAAUAAAAGUUUCAUUUCAUG